UCCAUUUGUUCCAACUACUUCCGUUGACCGGCGUUGGCAAAUUUUAGGUUGAUUACUUGAGUUGAUCAGUAAACUAUAAUCCUCUUAUUAAAUUAAUUGAUUGUUCUUCUUGCUUCAUUUAAUUAGUUUACCAUUCAACUUGUAACUGACCAAAAUGUCUCAGAAGCUUUAUGGAAAUUCCAAUGACUUUCGGGUCAAGAAAGUUCUCAUUGCAAGCCAAUACUCAGGAUCUAAAGUUGAAUUAGUUGAAACUGCUUCACUUAAACAGCUUCCUAAGUCUGUCCCAAUCCAAAAGCUUCCUACUCUUGAGCUUGCUGAUGGCUCAUUUGUAUUUGGUAGUAAUGCUGCUGCUAUUCAAGUUGCCAACGCUCAACUUAAAGGAGCCAAUGAUAAAAAUAGGGUAGAAAUCGAACAAUGGAUAGAUUGGUCUGACAAUGAUUUGUACCAAUCUGUUGCCACAUGGAUGUACCCAACUCUUGGAUUCAUUGAAGCUUCUCGACCUUCUGUUGAACGAGCUAAAUCAGAAGUUAAAUCAGCUUUAACUGCUUUGAACAAAUAUCUUUCAACCCGCACUUAUUUGGUUGGCGAACGAAUAACCUUAGCUGAUGUUACUGUGCUUUCAAUCCUUCUUCCACUUUAUGAAAAUAUUGUGGAUGCUAAAUUUCGAGAUGAAUAUGCUAAUGUUCAACGUUGGUUCGAUACUUUGGUAAAUCAGCCUCAAUUUAAGCAAGUUUUAGGUGAAAUUGUUCUUUGUGAAUCAACUCCAACCUUCAAAGAAGGUGCUGCCCCCAAGAAAGUAGAAAAAAAAGAGGAAAAGAAGGCCGAAAAGAAGAAGGAAGAAAAGCCUAAACAGGAGAAGAAAGAAAAGAAGAAGGAAGCUGAACCUGAAGAUGACGGAGAUGAUCUCGGUUUCCCACAAGAAAAAACUAAAGACCCAUGGGCUGAAUUACCUAAAGGUAAUUUCGAUAUGGAUGACUUCAAGAGAUUUUAUUCAAACAAUCCCGAGGAUAAAUCCAUCCCUUAUUUUUGGGAAAAGUUCGACAAAGAUAAUUACUCAAUCUGGUCUUGUGAAUACAAGUACCCUGAAGAGCUUACUCUAGUUUUCAUGAGCUGCAAUCUAAUCACAGGAAUGUUCCAACGAUUAGAUAAAAUGCGAAAAUGUGCCUUUGGUAGUAUGAUUCUCUUCGGUGAAGAUAACAAAAGCUCUAUCUCAGGAGUUUGGGUUUGGCGUGGUCAAGAUCUUGCUUUCAAGCUUUCACCUGACUGGCAAAUCGAUUACGAAUCGUAUAACUGGGUAAAAUUGGACCCCAACUCCGAUGAUACUAAAAAGAAGGUUAAAGAGUACUUCAGCUGGGAAGGAGACUUUGAUGGCAAGAAGUUCAAUCAAGGAAAAAUAUUCAAAUAAAUUUCUACUUUCAUCUAAUAAAUUCUUUUAACUUGGA